GUGCUCGAGCCCGCGAGGCGCGCUCACCGUCCCUGCCUCGCGAGCCUAGGUGAAAGGAUUUGGCGCCAGGCGGGUCUCUCUUCUGCAGCUGCCGCAGCCACCCGAGCCAGCCACCUCCGCCCAGACCGCAUCGAGUCCUUGCAGCCGCCGCCAUGAGCUGCUCCCCGGUGAACGUGAAGAAGCUAAAGGUGUCGGAGCUCAAGGAGGAGCUCAAGAAGCGGCGCCUCUCCGACAAGGGCCUCAAGGCCGAGCUCAUGGAGCGACUCCAGACCGCGCUCGACCAGGAGGAGGCCGGCGGGGGAGGCCUGGCCGGCGGAGAGCCCGGCAACGGCAACGCGGAGGAGAUGGGCGAGGCCGCCCCGGGCAGCGGCGGCGGAGCCCAGGAGGAGGCCCUCGGAGGAGGCGGCGACCAGGCCGCGGCCUGCGACGACGAUGAGGAGGCCGAGUUCGGCGCCUGCCCCGGGGAAGAGGAGGAGGAGGAGGGCAUGGAGCUGGCCGAGGAGAACGGCGAAGGGGUGGCGGCCGGAGACGAGGAGGCGGCCGAAGACCUGGAGGACGACGAGAACGGCGACGACCAGGGCUUCCAGGAAGGGGAGGACGAGGAGGAAGAGGCCGCCGCCGGCGCCGCAGCCACCACUAGCAGCAGCAGCGGCAACGCCAACGGCCACGGCGCCCAGCAGCAGCAGCAACAGCAGCAAGGCGCCGCAGCCAAAGAGGCGGCCGGGAAAGGCGCUGCCGCCUCGGCCUCGACUCCGGCCUCCUCGGCCCAGCCCGGCGCGAAGCAGCUGUCACCCGCCCAGCAGCAGAAGCCCGGCGGGCCUGCUCGUCCGGGAGGAGAAACUAAAACUGAGCAAAAACCUGGUGAGAAAAAAAGGGGAGUUAAGCGGCCACGUGAAGACCAUGGGCGAGGGUAUUUUGAGUAUAUUGAAGAAAACAAAUACAGCAGGGCAAAGUCUCCUCAGCCACCUGUUGAAGAGGAGGAUGAACACUUUGAUGACACAGUGGUUUGUCUUGAUACUUAUAACUGUGAUCUACACUUCAAAAUUUCAAGAGAUCGUUUUAGUGCUUCCUCAUUGACGAUGGAAAGUUUUGCCUUUCUUUGGGCUGGAGGGAGAGCAUCCUAUGGAGUUUCUAAAGGAAAAGUCUGUUUUGAGAUGAAGGUAACUGAAAAGAUCCCUGUCAAGCACCUGUAUACAAAAGACAUUGACAUACAUGAAGUGAGAGUUGGCUGGUCACUGAACACAAGUGGGAUGCUGCUUGGCGAGGAAGAGUUUUCUUAUGGAUACUCCUUGAAAGGAAUAAAGACAUGUAAUUGUGAGAUUGAAGACUUUGGUGAGAAAUUUGAUGAAAAUGAUGUGAUCGGAUGUUUUGCUAAUUUUGAUGGUGAUGAAGUGGAACUUUCUUACUCAAAGAAUGGACAGGAACUUGGCGUUGCUUUCAAAAUCAGCAAGGAAGUUCUUUCUGAAAAGUCCCUUUUCCCCCAUGUUCUCUGCCAUAACUGUGCUGUUGAAUUUAACUUUGGCCAGAAGGAUGAGCCCUACUUCCCCAUACCAGAGGGGUACACCUUCAUCCAGAAUGUUCCCUUGGAAGAUAGAGUUAGAGGACCCAAGGGACCAGAACACAAGAAAGACUGUGAAGUGGUAAUGAUGAUUGGCUUGCCUGGUGCUGGGAAGACUACAUGGGUUACCAAACAUGCAGCACAGAACCCUGGGAAGUACAAUAUCCUUGGAACAAAUACUAUUAUGGACAAAAUGAUGGUUGCAGGUUUUAAGCGGCAAAUGGCUGAUACUGGAAAACUCAACACACUGUUGCAGAGAGCACCACAGUGUCUUGGCAAGUUUAUUGAGAUUGCUGCACGUAAGAAACGGAACUUUAUUCUGGAUCAGACAAAUGUGUCUGCAGCUGCGCAGAGGAGAAAAAUGUGCCUGUUUGCAGGCUUCCAGCGCAAAGCAGUUGUUGUUUGCCCAAAAGAUGAAGACUACAAGCAAAGAACACAAAAGAAGGCAGAGGUGGAGGGAAAAGAUCUUCCAGAGCAUGCAGUGCUCAAAAUGAAAGGAAAUUUUACUCUGCCAGAGGUGUCAGAAUGUUUUGAUGAAAUAAUCUACGUAGAGUUACAAAAAGAAGAAGCCCAGAAGCUUCUGGAACAGUACAAAGAAGAAAGCAAGAAGGCCCUUCCUCCAGAGAAAAAACAGAACACUGGUUCAAAGAAAAGUAAUAAAAAGAGUGGUAAAAACCAGUUUAACAGAGGUGGACAGAGAGGACGUGGUGGAUUUAACAUGCGUGGCAACUUCAGAGGAGGAGUCCCUGGAAAUCGUGGAGGAUACAACAGGAGAGGUGGUAACAUGCCCCAACGUGGAGGUGGAGGAGGCGGUGGCAGUGGUGGGGCAAUAGGCUACCCAUACCCCCGUGGUCCUGUCUUUCCAACCAGAGGUGGUGGUGGCGGAGGUGGUGGUUACUCAAACAGAGGAAGCUAUAACAGAGGUGGAAUGCCCAACAGAGGGAACUAUAACCAGAACUUCAGAGGAAGGGGAAACAAUCGUGGCUACAAAAAUCAAUCUCAGGGCUACAACCAGUGGCAGCAGGGUCAAUUCUGGGGUCAGAAGCCAUGGAGUCAGCAUUAUCACCAAGGAUACUAUUGAAUUCCCAAAUAAAAUGAACUGAUCCAUAUUUCUUCAAAACCUUCACAAGAAGUCGACUGUUUUCUUUAGUAGGCUAACUUUUUAAACAUUCCACAAGAGGAAGUGCCUGCAGGUUCCUUUUUUAGAAGCUUUGUGGGUUUGAUUUUUUUUUGUACAUUUUUAAUUGCAGUUUUAAAGUGAAUCUUAAGAGAACCUCAGCAUUGUGCACGAUAAGAGAAUGUGUCAGUAUUUCAGGGUUCUGCAUUUUAUCUGUAAAAUGUGACUUUUUUUUUUACCACAACAAAAGUAAAAUGUUGCUUUGUAUCUGGUGUCCUCUUAUUAAAGAUUUUCUCUUCUCUUUCCCCCCCCCAAAAAAAAAUUCUAAGAAACAGUCGAGAGUCAUCAAAACAGAAAAGUUAGCAACCAGGCUUGUGGCCCCAUGAAUUCUAAUACUAUGUAAAUAAUGCUCAUUACACUCCAUCUUCCACUCUAUCCUCUCUAUGCAGUUUCUAGGUAUGGAAGAGGGGGGAGAGAAAUAAGAAUGGUCUUUUGGCAAUAAGCUAGGUUGUAUUUUUGUUUUGUUUUUUAAUUUGGCAAAGGGUUGAGGGUGGGGUUGCAAAGCAAAACCUAAAGAUUAAAUAGUGAAGGUGGAGUGCAUGUAAAACCUGGUUGCUUUUGUCUGUGGAGGCUCAACUUGUGAAGGUACACACCAUCAACUUUUUCCAUUUGUUAUGCAUUUUGAUUCUGAAAAAAACUGGCUCUGCCCAUUUCUUAUUAAACAAACUUGUUGUAAAUCCAGUUGUCUAAUGGGAUCUAUAUGAAGUUAGCUGUGUGUCUGUAACCUUUUCCCCACAAAUACUGUGUAUUUAGUGUGCUUGUAGUAGUAACUCCACCAUUUUGUAAAUGAAAUUGUGAUUCACCCAUUUUAUAUCUAAUUUUUAAUCAUGUUAGUUCUCAGAUGGGUGUGUCUCCUUAGCCUGCUGAUUUACUUAUCUAAAGAAAGUGGGUGGAGAAAUUUAACUUUAGCCGUUUGUUUGCAAUAAAAUAAAAUCAUUUAACUCUU